UCUCCUAGAUCAACUAGCUUUCAGUGUAGAUUCAGGUAUACGAACAGUCAAGAGUAUUCAGUUAUGAAUCGUAUUUUUGAGAGAAGUCUGAAACUUAAUUACAAAAAAUGGAUCUUACAAAAAAGCAUGAGUUCUUUGGCAGAAUACAUAAAACCAGAAUUACAAGCAAUAAAAACAGCUGGAACAUGGAAAAAUGAACGAGUAAUUGUUACACCUCAACGCACACGAAUUUCAUUAACAAAUGGAACAGAAGCUCUUAACUUCUGUGCAAAUAAUUACUUGGGUUUAUCUAGCAAUGAGGAAGUAAUUUCAGCAGCAAAGAGGGCUUUGGGUAAAUAUGGAGCCGGUUUGAGCUCUGUAAGAUUCAUAUGCGGUACUCAAGACAUUCACAUAGAAUUAGAAAAAAAGAUCGCACAGUUUCACGGUAGGGAAGAUGCAAUCCUUUAUGCAUCCUGCUUCGAUGCGAAUGCAGGACUUUUUGAAACAUUGCUAACACCUGAUGACACAGUAUUGAGUGAUGAACUGAAUCAUGCGUCUAUUAUCGAUGGUAUCAGACUAUGUAAGGCAAAAAAAUACAGGUACAAGCACAGGGACAUGAUAGAUUUAGAAAAUAAGCUCCAAGAAAGCAUGUCCUCUCGCCUACGACUCAUUGCCACUGACGGUGUCUUUUCUAUGGAUGGCACUGUUGCACCAUUGCCAAAAAUUUGCGAGCUUGCAAGAAAGUACAAUGCUUUCACUUUCGUGGAUGAUUGCCAUGCUACUGGAUUCUUUGGACCACGUGGAAAAGGCACGGAAGAUUAUUUUAAUGAGUUGGGAAGUAUUGACAUUAUUAACUCGACGCUAGGAAAAGCUCUCGGUGGAGCAGCUGGUGGCUACACGACUGGUGUAAAAGAAUUAAUUGAUUUGCUAAGACAACGCAGCAGACCGUAUUUAUUUUCAAAUUCAUUACCUCCGUCUGUGGUCGCAUCAGCUAACAAAGUCAUGGAUCUCAUAACAGAGUCUACCGAGUUUUUGGACAGAUUGAAGAACAAUACGAAUUUGUUCCGAAACGGUAUGAAGGCAGCGGGUUUUACAAUCAGUGGUGAUAAUCAUCCUAUCUGUCCUGUCAUGUUAGGAGAUGCAAGAUUAACUAACGAAUUUGCUGAUAAGAUGAUUAAAAAAGGCAUUUAUGUAAUUGGUUUUAGUUAUCCUGUUGUACCAAAGGAUAAAGCGAGAAUACGUGUUCAGAUCAGUGCUGCACACACAGAGAACGAUGUGGAGCAGGCCAUAAGUGCAUUUGUCCAAAUUGGUAGAGAAGUUUCUGUGAUUAAUUGAUAGCCUUUUUCUUACCAAUAUUUUUAAAUAAAAAAAUUAGAAACUA